AUGGCCCCUCUCUGGCUCCUCUCCUGUUUUGCCCUUGUAGGGGCCGCCUUCGGCUGCGGGGUCCCGGCCAUCCAGCCUGUGCUGAGCGGCCUCGCCAGGAUCGUCAACGGCGAGGACGCCGUGCCCGGCUCCUGGCCCUGGCAGGUGUCCCUGCAGGACAGCACCGGCUUCCACUUCUGCGGGGGCUCCCUCAUCAGCGAGGACUGGGUGGUCACCGCCGCCCACUGCGGGGUCACAACCUCCGAUGUGGUCGUGGCCGGGGAGUUUGAUCAGGGCUCAGAGACGGAGAACACGCAGGUCCUGAAGAUUGGCAAGGUUUUCAAGAACCCCAAGUUCAGCAUUCUCACCGUCCGCAACGACAUCACCCUGCUGAAGCUGGCAAAGCCUGCGCAGUUAUCAGAGACCGUGUCGGCUGUGUGCCUGCCCAGCGCGGAAGAGGACUUCCCCGCCGGGAUGCUGUGCGCCACCACGGGCUGGGGCAAGACCAAGUACAAUGCCCUCAAGACCCCUGACAAGCUGCAGCAGGCCACCCUGCCCAUUGUGUCCAACACGGACUGCAAGAAGUACUGGGGCAGCAGGGUCACCGACGUGAUGAUCUGCGCGGGGGCCAGCGGCGUCUCCUCCUGCAUGGGCGACUCUGGCGGCCCCCUGGUCUGCCAGAAGGACGGAGCCUGGACCCUGGCGGGCAUCGUGUCCUGGGGCAGCAGCACGUGCUCCACAUCCACACCCGCCGUGUACGCCCGCGUCACUGCACUUAUGCCCUGGGUGCAGGAGACCCUGGCUGCCAACUGA